AUGGGAUGCGUAACAUCAAAUGGAAAUAAAAAAUUAGAAGACAUGAAAUAAGGGUUUGUGAUUAGAAUUCAGCAGCCUGACAAUAAAACUGAAAAACAAUUUAAAUAUUUUGAUGAAAAAUAGAAGAGCGAUUUGAUAAUGAAUGUCAUGAAUGGAAUUUGUUUCAGUGAAAAGGUCUCAGAUAAAUGCGAUGGGAAUUUCAUUUCCCUUUAUGAUCAGGCUGAUGAUAGAUUUCAUUACUAUGUCCAAAAACUUGAUGGUAUUUGUGAGCAUUCCAUCUUAGGGAUUGAAAUAGAGAAUCCAAAUGAACCUACCAAAGGCAAAAUAUGGGUUCCUUAUAUCAAUGAGAAACGACAAGAUUGGGACACUCUAGUGGAGAAUAAUAGUAGAAUUUCAAUAACUGACCACUUAUUAUGGAAGUUAGAAUAAAUUAAAAAGUGA